AUGAAUUAUUUGGCCAACAGAGCGUUCAUCCCUUCGACACCUCGAGCACACCCUCCGACGUGCGAUGGUCACCGGCUGCAAUUUUCGAAGCUUCUAGAGCGAACUCGGUCGGUGAGAUCCAAAGCAAAUGGACUUCAGGCCCGGUUUCGCAGGAUGGCGACCGGAUCAUCAGUGCCCCCGAUCAAAGCUCCUUUUCCGGCCAAAUUGACGCAAACUCCGCGUACGAGCGAUGAACAGUCACCUGCAACGCCGUGCUCGAGAGAACUUCGAAGAUCGGGCACAAGCUCUGAUGACCUCCGUGGACUUGCGCGACAGCAUGCCGCCAGUACCGUCACGUCCCCGCUUCCGAGUCCCAUCACGCACGACGCAAAAGACGAAACGGACUCAUACUUUGGAUUUUCUCAUAGUCGAGCUGCAAGUCAGACCUUGAAUGAUGCUGUAUUGGACAAGUUGCAAAUAUUUUCAUAUUAUUGCAAUGAGGAAGAUACCAUCAGUACGACCGGAGAUUUCAUGUGUGCCGAGUCAGUGACGGACGACAAGGCCGAUGACAAUGAUGAAAGUACUGCGUCCGACUCCUUUCCAGUCACCCCCAUCGAUCAGACAUCACAUGCCUUUGUCUGUUCGGACGAGUCGGGAUGGCUGGCGAAUACAACAUCUCACGAUGAGAGACGCAGGCGGUUCAAGGCAAGGUUCUUCCAAAUCGUCGAGCACCCUUGCAGUCAGGAUGACCCAGAAUAUGCGGACGGUCAAGUUAUGGUUGCAACUGUACUGGUUGGAUCUGGCAAACCAAGAAUUGUCCAGAUUCAGCGACCAGUGUCCCGUCGCAAGGGAUCAGCACCGACCCCUGAAAUUUCCCAAAGUCCAUCGACACCAGUACAAUCGACGGUUGAGAUCUCUGCCUUCAGCCCCUAUGACACUCCGGGGGAGGAGGUGGCGACACAAAUGACUCAGCCCAAUUCUCUUGCUGCGACAACAUGUAUUCCGUCCGAUGAGGUCCAACUGGCGCACUCUUCGGGACAGCCAAGGCCUGUGCCUGCAUCUUUGAGUAACCCAAAAAGAAGACCGAUGUGUCACCAGUCCCGGCAUGGCGUCUGCAAUGUCGCCGGCUCGCAAAUGUCGCCGUGCUUGGCGGAUCCAUUCACUGUGUCCGCGAGGAGGUGGUCGACGUGCUCAGAGUCAUCGACAUUCAUCAACCCAAGGAGGCACGAACGAGACGAUCGACUUGAUCUUAUCGUCGGCCAGCCAUCAUCCCAUCUGUCUUCUCCCACCGAAGAAGUGGCAACACGGUCGAGGUGCCGAAAAAUGGAGAGAAUCCUCAGGGCCGUCACGCAGGCCAUUUUCAAUUACCCUGAUGGAGUGCCACGGCUUGAUUCAUCAUCCGUGCUCGAAGUCUGUUCGCCGGACGUGGCAGACCAGACUUAUAUCGAUACACUCGGGAAGAUCUUCCCAACGGCGCCCGACACGUUAUUGUCGAGUCUCGUAGCAUGGAUUCUGUUUGAUAUUUACUUUACACAGUUGGAGGACGCAUCUGAGCAACCCGGUGUGCACGGAGGAGGAGGUCGAGAAGAGGUGGUGGUGCACCACAAUAUGAAUGGAAAUACAAAUAUACAGCGGAUCCCGGCAAAGGCGAGAGCGAUGUUGGGUCUUGAUGACCAGACCGGUGAUUCCAUCCCCUCCGUUUGCUCGACCGUGCACGGUCUAGGGAGCAGGGCUAGAACUGUCCAUACCGGCAUGGGCAUUGUAAGUCGGAGGCUGAUGGGAGCUCUGAGAGGGUCUUGGGACGAAGACAUUUGGCGCUCGUUGAAAGUGUUGGUCGAGGUUAUCGAAUCUGGUGGGUUUCGGUCAUCGUUUUGA